AUGAUAGCAGCUCUCUCAGUUGCUCCUCGGUUUCCGGACUGCGUGGACUGGCAGAAAAUGCGUACCGUGGCCGUAUGGACCGCUUUCGUCUUAGCGUAUUCGAGCAGCCCAUUGGUGGCCGGUAUACGAUACAUCGAUCCGAUCUCAACUCAGUCGGGGACCACCACCGGCGACAUCGCCGAGAAGCGCGUUGACCUGACCGAGCCGACAUGCGAGGAACUGAGGGCUAUGUGGAGGUACACCAAACGACAGAGUAGAGCUGCUAAGACCACCACCGGAUACUCCCUUUAUUCCGAUCCGUUCUCUUACAAUAUGUGGAACCGUAACUCCGAACGCGCCAAGCCUCCCCUUAACUAUCGAGGCAGAUUCGCGGCGAGGGCACGAAAUCGCGCUGCUGGUAGCACUCCGAUUUACGGAAGAAUCGUGCACAAGACCCCGGCAGGAAGCAGGUUAAGGAACGGAAUGCGACAUUCCCUGCGGCCACUCGACAAAAUUCCACCGUUUUACGGAACGAUCAAUUCUUAUCCCACGUCGCCGAGACGACGGAUCACCAAUUUCCGCACAAUGGGUGGUGGUUCUCCUGCUUUGGCCCAAGUCCCACAAGCUGGCAGUUUUCAGCACUUGAAGGAGCUGCUUCGGGCCGAACGCAUCCGCGAGCUACAGGAGCAACACAAGGCUGAGGAAAUGGCGGGGAAUACGUCUGACUCCGAGGAAUCAACGGACGACGAGUAUCAAUCACCGAUGCAACAAUACCGGAAGCAAUUCUCGAAGACAACAUUGCGAAUCCCGACGAAAGCCAAUUACGAAUUCGGCCAGGGCCGAUAUCCGUCGAAUGUGCCGAAUAUUGGUCAGGCAUGGUCGAGGAGCGGACCUCAGUCCCGUGAAUACAUGUUACGUUAA